AUGUGUCUUCUAAAGAUCUUCGUCCUUCCUUUGCUAUGGAUUGCUGUCAUGGCAUUCCCCCGAGAAACCGGAAGCCCCGAUCUAGCUCAGCAACUUGAAGCCACAAUGACCACUACAGCCGUGGCUCCAGAUGUCACCGUCCAGGGUGGACUUCGCUGUACAGAUGGCUCAACGAUCCUGCAUACAACGGAUUGUACAAUGGGAACCCCACUUGUCUACUGCCACAAGAAACAACCUCCGAUCGAGUGCGACGAAGGAUUCUUCCCUACGGUCUGGCACCCAGAUCACUGUAUGGAAGAGUCAACUUGCUUCCCUCUGAAUGCUGCAUGGAUCACGACUGGAUGUUCGAAUGGCUUGAUUCCCUAUUCUACCAAGACACUUUAUGAUGGCGUACUAGCUGGAGGAGUGUCGACUACUGUUCGAGCGGUUUCCUGCUCAUGUGCCUCCGAUCAAUGGUAUAGCAUGUCUGUGCGCGAUGGAAGUUCGAUAGUCGAUACUUACUGCAUGCCCUAUGACUAUUGUCCGCCAGGUAUGACGAUCUUGACCAGUACUGAUGCGUACUGUGCUACGGCCGCUGCGGAAGAGUGUCAGGACGUUCCUCUUGAGACUUCUUAUUGUCAGUGUGCUGAAGCGACUGAAACUCCGAUUUAUCCAGAUUGGCCUGGUGCUACUGCUAUUGGAUGUAUGUAG